AUGAAGAAUAGAACUUCUUUCUCUGACUUUGUUCUCCUGGGGCUUUUGCUAAACAGUAAAACUAUAGGGAUUGUCUUUGCAGUUAUUUUGGUUAUUUUUGUGGUCGCUGUAACUGCAAAUUUGGUCAUGAUAUUCUUGAUUCACGUGGACCGUCGCCUCCAUACACCCAUGUACUUUCUCCUCAGCCAACUGUCCAUCAUGGACACCCUUUUCAUUUGUACCACUGUCCCAAAACUCCUGGUCGACAUGGUUUCUAAAGAGAAGACCAUUUCUUUCGUGGCCUGUGGCAUUCAGAUCUUCCUCUAUGUGACCAUGAUUGGAUCAGAGUUGUUCCUGUUGGGCCUCAUGGCUUAUGACCGCUAUGUGGCUGUCUGCAACCCUCUCAGGUACCCGGUCCUCAUGAAUCGCAGAGUGUGCCUUCUUCUGGCAGCUGGUGCCUGGUUUGGUGGAUCCCUGGAUGGCUUUCUGCUCACCCCUAUCACCAUGAAUUUUCCCUACUGCCACUCCCACAGCAUCGAACAUUUCUUCUGUGAGAUUCCAGCAAUUCUCAGAUUGGCCUGUGCUGACACAUCCCAGUAUGAAACCUUGAUGUACAUCUGCUGUGUGCUUAUGUUGCUCAUCCCCUUAUCUAUUAUCUCAACAUCCUAUUCUCAAAUUUUACUCACUGUCUACCGUAUGCGUUCUGUCGAGGGCAAGAAAAAGGCCUUUACAACUUGUUCAUCCCACUUAACUAUAGUUAGUAUUUUCUAUGGGGCAGCCUUCUACAAUUAUGUAUUGCCCCAGUCAUUUCACACCCCUGAGCAGGACAAGGUAGUAUCAGCCUUCUAUACCAUUGUCACACCCAUGCUCAAUCCUCUCAUCUACAGCCUCAGAAACAAGGAUGUCAUGGGGGCAUUUAAAAAGAUAUUCAUACAAUGCUUAUCUGUACAGAAAGCAUCCACAAAUGUUGCUUAG